AUGGAGAACAAAAGUCAUCAGGCCUUCAUGAAACUCCUCGCGAUUGAAAAAGCCUCCUUGGCUCAAUCGGAGUUCCAUAAUAAAUCUAAAUUUUCACGAUCUGUGAAUAGCCUGCCUGAAUUUUUCAAACCCACGAAAGAUCUGAACACGAAUGAGAAUUUUCCAGGUUCUGGACUAAUCCACAGGAAGUGCUCAGAAAUUUCAAGGAAGCCAAGCCACGAUAAUUGUGCCUUCAACCGUUCGUCUGAAGUCAUAAUUGCGUGUACUCAUGAAUAUACCCGAAUUUUCAACGAUAAGCUAUCAGAAAUGAUGGAUUUCCAUAAAGAAACAAUUUUAAAACUAAUAAACAACAAUGAUCUUGACGGCAAUCAAGACUUACAAGAACGAGCUUAA